AUGAUGAUGAACAUCUCAAUAAUUCAGUGGGUUCUGAACCUGAAACAUGAAAUAGUAGAGGACUACAAAUACAACAUGCCCGGCAAAGUGCCCGGCAAAGUGCCCGGCAAAGUGCCCGGCAAAGUGCCCGGCAAAGUGCCCGGCAAAGUGCCCGGCAAAGCGCCCGGCAAAGCGCCCGGCAAAGCGCCCGGCAAAGCGCCCGGCAAAGCGCCCGGCAAAGCGCCCGGCAAAGCGCCCGGCAAAGCGCCCGGCAAAGCGCCCGGCAAAGCGCCCGGCAAAGCGCCCGGCAAAGCGCCCGGCAAAGCGCCCGGCAAAGCGCCCGGCAAAGCGCCCGGCAAAGCGCCCGGCAAAGCGCCCGGCAAAGCGUCCGCCGGACAGACAGAGCAGGCUGGUGCCUCUCCAGCCGAGCAGCCAGAGGAGGCUGGUGCCUCUCCAGCCGAGCAGCCAGAGGAGGCUGGUGCCUCUCCAGCCGAGCAGCCAGAGGAGGCUGGUGCCUCUCCAGCCGAGCAGCCAGAGGAGGCUGGUGCCUCUCCAGCCGAGCAGCCAGAGGAGGUUGGUGCCUCUCCAGCCGAGCAGCCAGAGGAGGCUGGUGCCUCUCCAGCCGAGCAGCCAGAGGAGGCUGGUGCCUCUCCAGCCGAGCAGCCAGAGGAGGCUGGUGCCUCUCCAGCCGAGCAGCCAGAGGAGGCUGGUGCCUCUCCAGCCGAGCAGCCAGAGGAGGCUGGUGCCUCUCCAGGCGAGCAGCCAGAGGAGGCUGGUGCCUCUCCAGCCGAGCAGCCAGAGGAGGCUGGUGCCUCUCCAGCCGAGCAGCCAGAGGAGGCUGUUGCCUCUCCAGCCGAGCAGCCAGAGGAGGCUGUUGCCUCUCCAGCCGAGCAGCCAGAGGAGGCUGUUGCCUCUCCAGCUGAGCAGCCAGAGGAGGCUGUUGCCUCUCCAGCCGAGCAGCCAGAGGAUGCUGGUGCCUCUCCAGUCGAGCAGCCAGAGGGGCUGGUGCCUCUCUGGCUGAGAGGUGUGGAUGGAUGUCCAUAG